UCUAUCUUUCUCUCUCUCUUCCAUUCAUCUUUUAUAAAUUCAAACCUUUCAAGAAGCAAACACUCCCAACUAAUUCUAAUUCUAAUUCUGAUUCCAAAUGGGUGCAAAAAUGAAGGAGAUGCCCGUGGUGAGCAAGAUGUUUUGUUCAUCGACUGACGUGGUUCUAGGGGUUCGAUCACGUCCCCAUGUUGUAGGUGGAGGUGGUUUCGUAGUCACCGAUUUGCAUACCCAUCAACCCGUCUUCCAGGUUGAUGGUUGUGGUGUUCUUGGCAAAAAAGACCAGAUGACUCUCACAGACGCCUACAAAAACCCCGUGCUUCUCAUCCGUCGCAAGGGAGGAAUAGUUGAAGCAGUAAGCCUGCAUAGACAAUGGGGAGGUUAUACCCCAAAUUACCAAGGAUGUCAAAAGCUGGUUUUUACAUUGAAAGAUCCAAAAUCAUGCUUCCCGAAGAAGGGACCCAUAAGCGUUUCGAUUGAGCUCAAGGAUGAAAGCAUCUACUGCAAGAACUUCCAGAUAAAAGGUUACUUUUUAGACAGAGAUUGCAGCAUCGUCGACUCAGGAGGCAACGUCAUUGCCCAGGUUGGGGUGAGUAAGGAGGUGCAGCAAGUGAUGGAAAAGAAGGAUUUAUAUCAUGUGGUGGUGAAGGCAGGGAUUGAUCAAGCAUUUGUGGUGGGUGUGAUUGCGAUUCUUGAUUACAUUCAUAAUGGAUCCACAAGAUGCUAAUCCAAUCCCAUUUAAACAACAAUCAAGUGUUUUGGUUGCAUCUGCAUGUAACAAAUUUAUUCAAACUCUUCAAUUCUACUUAUUUAGAUUACGUAACGUCUAAGAAAGGAAUUUUGGAAAUUAUAUGGUUUGGUUUUUCAUAAUGGACGUGGAAACUCAAACUUUGUAUAUAUCCACAUGCCACCUCACCUGUAUUGUUUUUUAUCCUAUAUCUAUCUAUCUUCAUUUUCUCAAU